GGGCAGCCGCUGUCAAUGGCCGCCGCGCGGCCCCUUUAAGCGUAACGCGGCAACCGCCGGCGCGUCCUCCGGGCGGGCCGAGGGCCGGCAGAAGGUCUCCGCCGAGCGCAGCAGAGCUGCCGGGUUGCGCUGCGGGAGGCUCUCGGGGGUGGCCGAGCUGAACCAGGACUGGCCUGCAUGUGCUCUGUUUGAAGUGCCAUUUCCUCCUUUCUGGCCUGGUACUUAGAGCAGAUUCUUCGUUUUGAAAUCUGACACAAGUAACCUUGUAGUUUGCUGGAACAGAAUCAGAAAUAUGCAUUCUGAAUGAUAACUACUGCUUGCUGUACUGAACAGAACUGCAGAGAUCUCGUGCUUGGAGAUGAAGAAGAUAAACCGGAGGAAAUAAUCCAACUGCUGCCAUUGUGACAGCUAAAAGAUCCUUUGUGCCAAAAUGAGCAGUCUUUGAGAAAAAAGUGGAAAGCCUUUAAAUCUGAAAAAUGGGAGAAAGAGUAAGGAGCCCAGAUUCUGAACAGGAGAGGAAAUCAGAUGAGGAUAAAAAUAGUGACUCCUAUUUUUCAGAUGAAGGUAAUGCAUCUCGUUCAUCCAGCCAGUCACCAGCACUAAGUUCUCCAUCUACAAGCCAAGAAAAAAGACAUCACAAAACACAGACUUCAAACAGCCUAUUGCACUACCAAGCCACAAAGAAAUUGGAUUCCAAAUAUGCACCAAGCAAAAGAGGGACACGGUGGGGUUUCCGUUCUCAGAGCCUCACUAGGGAUUCUCCUGCAAAAGAUAUAGAUCUUGUUACAAAAAGAGUUCUUUCUGCUAGGCUGCUGAAAAUCAAUGAGCUCCGAAAUGAACUGACUGAACUCCACAUCAAACUGGAUGAGCUGCAGAAGGAAAACAGGGCACUGAAGAGGCUUCAGCACAGGCAGGAGAAAGCCUUGAAUAAGUUUGAAGAUACAGAAAACGAAAUCUCUCAGCUCCUUGCUCGGCACAACAAUGAGAUUAGAAUAUUAAGGGAGCGCCUACGAAAAUCUCAGGAGAGAGAACGUGCAACUGAGAGACGGCUGAAAGAUACAGAAGAUGAACUGUACAGGAAAAAAAAUGUCUUGCAGAAACUGAAAAAACUGUCUGCAGAUAAGCACCUUGCUGAAAGAGAUGACCUGGCAAAGAAACUAGCCUUAGCAGAGAGCAAGCUGGAGGACAGGGAAAAAAGAAUUAAGGAUCUGGAAAGAAAUCUUGAAUUAAGUGGUAGCAGUUUUCAACGAGAGUUACAGUCAAAGAAAAAAAAGUUGUACGAGGCUCAAGAAGAAAACAGAGUUCUUCAAGAAGAGAUGAAAGAGCUAAAUCAAAAGUUGAAGGAAAAAGAAAGAGAACUUGAAGCAAAAAAUAUAUACGCUAAUCGUAUGUUGAAGUCAUCACCUAGAAAAGACACGGAUAUUGUACAAAGAAGAAAAGCCAACAACCAAAAUGUUAAAAAAGGACCACAGCUCACGAAAGGUGUACAAACCAGUGGAUGCUUCUCACCUGCAGAGCUUCUUCCAGAAUCAGAACUUGUCAGUGGUGACGCAGCAAACAAGAAAGAAGGAAUUCUUCCUAAAAUAGAAAAAGAAGCUCAAGACACAGGAUGGAAAGAGCAAACAGAACUCCUAAGACCAGACCAAGACAGGGAGAGGGAAGAGAAACUGAAACAUGUUCAGGAAAUACAAUCCUUAGAGGAGAGGGUUCCAAAACUUCCUGACGAGUGGCAGAGGAAAGAAUAUGACAAAAUUAAAAAAGAAAGCAACUUCUUGUUGGAUAAAGAAGAGAAAAUAAAGAUGGAGACAGAAAUCCACAAACCUGAAGUAGAGAGAGAAAGCACUGAAACAUUGGAAGAGCGGCGAAAAAGAGAGUUCCUGCUUGCUAAAAUGCAAGAAAUUGAUAGAGAAAUUCAAAAUACAUCAAACACGAAACCAACUUCCCAAACACCACUUAUAAAUACAACAAGAAAAUCUGAUUCCCUGGAGAAAAAAGAGAAAACGAAUCUGUUCUUUGAGAUUCCUGGGAAGGUUGCUAAUGGAUUUCCUGUAAAGGACAGCCAGGAUGACAGCACAAGAGUACAAGUGCAGAUGCAACGAAAUGUAAGGACUGUAGAUUUAAAUAAGGAGUUAGCAUUUGGUAGUUAUAUACCUUCCUUUGGGAAGGGAUCAGGGAGACCAAGUUGGCUCAGUCAAAAAAGUGACAAACUUGAAGAAAAUGUUAAGGAAAAUGCAGAUUUCAAUAGUAAGAAGGAAAAGAAGUCUAAUUUAAUGGAACAACUCUUUGGAAGCAGUGCCAGUACCAUUCUUCUUUCUAAAAAUAACAGUGCACCACCUUGGGACAUAGACUGGGACUCUAGCAAUAAGCCUUUUGUUGAUCAAAACAGUAAAAUAAAAGAAGAUAAUGUGCUUUUUGGUGAAGGAAGAAGCCUAAACAGACACCGUCUGCAGUACACUACAAACAAGCCAGGAGUUACUACCCUUGGUUCUUUAGAAGAUGAAAUUGAAGAAGGAGUCUUACAGUGAUCGUGUUUUAUAUGUUUCAUAUGUAAAUAUUGACAAAUUAUUUUCUUGUAAUAUUUAUUAGAUAUAGAUUUGAAAUAUUUCAGAUUUAUUGUAAAGCCUUAUGAAGGAAUAAUUAACAUAAAUGGGUAUGUGUACAGAGGAGAGAUGCAGAGGAGAGAUGCUUGGGGCUUUUUUACCUGUAGGCUGCUCACAGUAUACUGCUUUUCAUGUGGAGUAUUUUUUUUAGGCCUCAGAUACAUUGUUUCUCAGGCAUUUGGAGAACCUCUUAACUGUGCCAGGAGAAGGCAUGUGUAAUAUCAGUCAUGAAAUGAGUAUAAGAGACAUUCUUAGCACUAAUUCUCUUAGAAAGAGAAUAUUUUAUGCUGCUGUCAUGUUAU